AUGGAAACUGACGAAGACGAUGAUAAACAUGUCUUUUAUGAUGAACCGAUGUCUGCUACAUUCAAUGAACUUUGCAAAUUCAUCCCUAUUCAUGGACGACUAAGAGAUCAACAUGUAUCUGCUCAAACUUGUCAACAACAAAAAUUGACAUUUGACCUUCCUUCUAUAUACCUACAAACGUGGAAAUUACCUGAUACUGAUUCUUCUCAAUUUACUUCUCAUUGUGGCCAAUCAUUGAUAUUGCCGCCUCCGAUCCCUUCUUCUAACAUCAUGC